AAAUAUUUUGUCCAACUGCAUGUCCAGGAGAAGAACAUGAGCAUUGUAAAAGUAAAAAGCCCCCCGAAUCUUGAUUCUGCUGCGCCAAAUAAUUAAACGGUGUUGGUUUUGCUAUUUGUGUCUUAAAAGCGUGUAGCCAUUUACGUUUGCUUUGAAGGUGGUUUUUGUGGAGGGGCUGAACAUACACUCCUCCCUUCCUCUCUUUUUCUCGUUCUCUGCCUCGCUCUCUCGUUUGGAGCCCUCUCACCCUCUCAUUCAGAGCACUGAGGUUAUACGUCACUGUCUGUGUGACUAUAAACACUCUCCUGCACCCCUUGUUCCAUCCCACUGCACGUCGACACAGGACUUGUCUUUCUGAUGAGCACAGCCGGGCUAAGCUUUUAUUUACAGUUGUGGGACAACAAGAGGUUGUCGCAUCGCUAAACAGGUGUACUGAGGUCCUGCAGAAAGCCAAAUUAGGUGCCGUCUAUCUGGAACUCCUUUACAGAUACCGCUCUACAUGAACUCUUCCCUUUUGCCAGACCCGGUUUUGAUUCCCUGUUGACCUAUAAUGAGGAAACGUUUUUUGGGAUCGCUAAUUGUCUGUCUAUUCCUGAGCCACACCAACGGACAUGAUCAGGAGGACAGUCAAGCUGGUUGUAGCACGACAUCCAACGACUUGGUGUACAUUAUCGAUGGCUCAUCAAGUCUCGGGAUCGUCGACUUCAACACAGCCAAACGCUGGCUCGUCAACAUCACCAGUGGAUUUGAUGUGAGCUCUCGACACACUCAGGUGGCUGUGGUCCAGUACAGUGAUACACCACGCCUGGAGAUCCCUCUUGGGAAGCACCAGGACACUCAAACCCUUCUUAGGGACAUUGCUGCAAUCUCCUACCUAGGUGGCAAAACCCAGACAGGACGUGCCAUAAAGUUUGCCACUGACCACGUGUUCUCCGCUCUGAACCACACCACGAAGACCACCAGAAACCGCAUCGCUGUUGUUCUGACGGAUGGCAGGUCACAAGACGAUGUGGUCGAUCCAGCAAUAGAGGCCAAAGCACAGAACAUUGUCCUGUUUGCUGUGGGUGUGGGAGAUGAGAUCACCAAUGCUGAGUUGGUCUCCAUGGCCAACAAGCCUUCUUCCACUUACGUGCUGCAUGUAGAGGACUACACCUCCAUUGCGAAUAUAAGGGAUGUGAUGGAGCAGAAACUCUGUGAGGAGUCAGUGUGUCCUGUGAGGAUCCCUGGUACUGUCAAUGGGCAGAAGGGCUUUGACCUGAUGAGUAUGAUGGGGAUCGAGGUAGUGGCUCAAAAGGUCCAAGGAUCCCUCAUAUCAGAAGGUGCUUACCUCCUGGACACUCGCUUGAACCUUAGUCGUAGAACCAGAGAGAUCUUUCCAGAAGGCCUGCCUCCUUCGUAUGUGUUCGUGGCCACCCUGCGAUUGAAGAACCCAGUCCACCACAUUAAGUUUGACCUCUGGCGAGUGCUAUCUGAAGCAGGUGUCAGGCAAGUUGCAGUGACCCUGAAUGGCCUAGACAAGUCGAUCACCUUUACCAGCACCAGCACACUGAAGAAAGAGCAGACAGUCAUAUUUAAUGACCGAGGCAUUAAGAGACUCUUUGAUACAGAUUGGCACCAGCUGAAGUUGUUGGUGAGGCCCAAACGCAUCACGUCCUUUCUAGAUGACGUGUAUGUCGAGGAGCAUCUCUUAGAUGAAGUUGUCCCCAUCUACAUCAAUGGAAAGACAGAAGUGGCCAAAAAAGUCAACAUAGACAACACUGUGCCACUCAUCUUGCAGAAGCUGCGGCUCUACUGUGACCCUCUACAGAGCAUGCGAGAGACAGCGUGUGAGAUCUUCUCUGUGGAGAAUGACAGGUGUCAAUCUGAUCGGUCUCGUCCUGUGGAGGGCUGUGAUUGCCCCAGUGGUAAACCCGGCCCACCAGGCCUACCUGGACCAAUGGGAUUCAGAGGAGAGAAGGGUCGAGAAGGUCCUCCUGGGCCAGACGGAAAACCUGGAAAGCUGGGAGUGAUGGGUCAACCGGGCCAGCCUGGAAGAGAUGGCAAGAAAGGUGAAGCAGGUCAACCAGGACAAAAGGGGGAGAGAGGACUAGCUGGUGCCAAAGGCGAUAUAGGAAUCCAAGGGCCACCAGGACAGCCAGGCCCUCCAGGACCAACCGGCCCUGGACUCUCUAAAUGGAAUGAUUAUGCAGUAGAAGCAAGCAAGGGAAUCCAAUGGCAGCAAGGGGAAUCAGGACCCCCAGGGCAAACUGGACCACAGGGGGAGCCCGGGAUGCCUGGAAAUGAUGGACGUCCAGGCCCAGUUGGACUGAAGGGUGAAAAGGGGGAUGCCGGUGAGCCCGGGACUGAUGGACAGAACGGCAUUCCGGGCAUGAGAGGACUUCCAGGUGAAACCGGGCCUUCUGGACCUCAGGGUGAACGAGGAUUGCCAGGGCCACUGGGUUCAACAGGAACAAAAGGACCUCAGGGACCCCCAGGCCCAAUGGGACCACCUGGUCUAGAAGGUCCUGUCGGCCCGAAGGGCAACUCAGGUCCUCGAGGGCAGGACGGCAUCUCAGGUGCACCCGGCACUAAAGGUUUACAGGGUGAGCCUGGGGUUCCAGGCCCUCAAGGCAUUAUGGGUCUUCCGGGGUUAAAAGGCCAUAAGGGGGAAUCAGGAGAUCCUGGCCCAAAAGGAAGUCAGGGAGUAAAAGGUAUCGAGGGAUCAUCUGGGCAUCCUGGAAAGCCUGGUGAACCAGGUCUCAGGGGGAGCAAAGGAGAGAGAGGUGUGGACGGAGAUCAAGGAAUCAGAGGCGCUGAUGGGAAAAAGGGAGAAGUCGGUCCAACGGGACCUGUAGGGCCACGAGGGUUUCCAGGAAAUGAUGGGUUGCCAGGGCAACCAGGUAUCCCAGGCUACCCAGGUAAACCGGGGAAGCCACCUUCUGAAGAACACUUAAUGAAGAUUUGUUCAUCAGUGUUGCAGAAUCAACUGCCACAGCUCCUUCAGGCGAUGUCCCCCAGAGGCUGCGAACACUGUGAGACAGUUAAGGGACCACCAGGAGAUCCAGGCCCCCCUGGAGCACAAGGCCCAUCUGGAACCCCAGGCUACCCUGGCAGACCUGGAGCUCAGGGAUACCCAGGACAGUCUGGGCCGAUGGGGCCAGCAGGUCAGAAAGGUGAAAACGGACCAAUGGGCAUGAAAGGGGCUAAAGGGGAAAGCCGAAAUGGGCUCCCGGGUCCACCUGGACCACCAGGAUUGCAGGGUCCUCGUGGCCUGGACGGAGAGGGAUAUUCAGGACCCCCGGGGUCUAAUGGAAAACCAGGCUCCCCUGGUAUCCCGGGCAAACGAGGUCCUCCAGGUUCUGCCGGCGUUUGUGACUGUUACACGGCUUAUGCCGGUCCUCAAGGUCACUUCAACAAAGGGCCCGGUUUUUAGCCAAUGACCUUGUUUAACAUUUCAUAUUGACUUUUUGAGGGCCUUGAUGCUCUUCAGCUCGGAUUGGCAACACACAUUUUGACUGUAUUUGAAAAAAUUUCAACGUUUUUACUUGAGAUUCUUUGUCAAACAUUUUGGUUGGAAAACUAGAAUAGUGAUAAUGUAGCAGCAUGCGGAUCUUUGCUUUGUGGAAGCCUUUUCUAAAUAUCUUUUCGAAUAUACUGAGGAAAUUAAAACACUCGCGCUUUUUUUUUAUUUUUUUUUUUUUUUAUGAGCAAGAUAAGAUCUUUUCCAUGUUGAGUCAACCCCACCGCAGACAACUUUGUCCUCCUGCAACCACAUUGUUUCUAUUUCACAUUGGUGCUGGCUUUUGUGAGUUAAAUUUUUUAUUGUAAAUAGACAUAGGUGUUGCACUGCCGUUUGAAAUACUACCUCUGUAUUCGACACAAAGUACUCCAUCAGCUAGGCAAUAUUUUGUUAGAACAGUGUUGGCUGAUAGACUCUCAGACUGCUCAGGAUAUUUCUUUAUUUCUUUUCUUUUCUUUUUUUUUCUUUAGUUUAAAAAAGCUCAUCCUGUGUGUGAUGAAUCACGUCCAGGUUUUGUGUGUAUGUGUGUGUGUAUGUGAACUACUGCAUUUUUUGAAUGUUUGGACAUUUCUCCCUCUCAGAAUUCAAUGCAUCAGCAACACGUUUCUAUUUAUAUUCUUGUGGAAUUGAAGCCAGUAUUUCUUUUUUUAAUUUUUAUGUCUGCUAAUUGAAUUAAGGUUUUCAUGUGUUUUCAUUUCUUUACUCAUUGUACUGUUUACAUUAGAACUGAAACUUUAAAAUGAUCAAAUAAAAUUUC